UCUGAUCCAAAACGAAUGAGAGAGCGGGAGCUCCAAGCAAAUCCUUUGGAAAAAUCGCAACCAUGGCGUCUGUCUCUCUGACCCCAAUCUCCCCAAUUUCCUCAACCUCUCGAUCACCAAGACCUCCACUCAAAACCACUGCCGCAGCAACAACGGCAUUGCACCAAAAUCGCGGUCAAUUCACUCUCAGUAGCAGGAGAGACAUGUUGAAAAGACUCGGACUCGCAAUUUUGCCAUUGAUUCUAGUGAAGGAACCUCCACAUUCAGACGCCGCAAGAGAGGUUGAGGUUGGCACCUACCUCCCUCCGUUGCCGUCGGACCCUUCCUUCGUCGUUUUCAAAGCCUCUCCGAAGGACACCCCCGCUCUUCGCGCUGGGAAUGUGCAGCCCUAUCAGUUUGUCCUCCCACCGACUUGGAAACAGGCACGUGUGGCCAACAUACUAUCAGGGAAUUAUUGCCAACCAAAGUGUGCAGAGCCUUGGGUGGAGGUGAAGUUUGAAGACGAAAACCAGGGAAAAGUGCAGGUGGUGGCGUCUCCUUUGAUACGCCUGACCAACAAACCAAAUGCAUCAAUAGAGGAAAUUGGAAGCCCUGAAAGGUUGAUUUCAUCUCUUGGCCCUUUUGUCACUGGAAACUCAUAUGAUCCAGAUGAGCUCUUGGAAACAUCAACCGAGAACCUUGGUGAUCAGACGUAUUAUAAAUAUGUGCUUGAAACACCCUUUGCUUUGACUGGUACACACAAUCUUGCCAAGGCAACAGCAAAGGGAAACACCGUCGUCUUAUUUGUGGUCAGUGCAAAUGAUAAGCAGUGGCAAUCAUCCCAGAAGAUUCUGAAGGCAAUGCUGGAUUCGUUUCAAGUGUAAUUUUUCAUCAGAGAAGGAGGUUCCAUUCUUUCCUUCUCAUCUUUCCUUUUUAUCUGAGGUCUAAAUAUGCAAUGCAGCUACACAUUCCUUGCAGGGGAUAUUCCCAUCCGGAACUAAAAAGUUGCUUGUAGAACAAAACAUUUAAUUAAUUUCUAAAUUUUUAGCUA